AUGCUGUGGUGUAGGGGCGCUUACAACUCGCUCGAGAACGUGACCCCGUUGAUGGUCGCGGCCGGUGAAAGCCUCAAGCAGGGCGGCCACGUCUACUACCUCUCCACGGGCAGCAUUGCCGUGCUCACGACCAUCGACGCCUCUGAGUGCCCGCCCACAUUCGGUUCCAAGUUCACUGACGUGCAGGCCUUCGUCCACAACGGCUGGAAGAACAUGGGUAAUAGAGAUGGCGACCUGACCAGCGUCAGCGAGAAGUUCCACCUCUCGUGGGACGACUUCGAGAAGGAGGCCUUGCCCAACCUGACCAGCGCGGACCUCGUUCUGUUUGUCGAUUUCGACGAUGACGCCAACCCCGCCACGGCCGACAUCCAGCGCCUCCUGCAGGAGGUCCGAAAGACCCCCGCCAACUUGAGCGCUCUCCUCAUCGCCCGCAGGCUGCAGACCGAGACGAAGCUGCGCAGCUUCCUGACGCAGACCGUGCGCGUGUGCGCUGUGGUCGCGGUGCCCUACGUGGACAUCGUGCCGGGCCUCCGCUCGUUCGGCGAGUUGGCCGCCAAGUUCGCGCUCAACGCCAUCUCCACCUACGCCCACGUCGCCAUCGGCAAGGUCUACAAGAACCGCAUGAUCGACCUGUCCGUGAGCAACACCAAGCUGUUCCACCGCUCGGUGAACAUCGUCUCGGAGCUCAUGGGCGUCUCAACGGAGGAGGCGACGACGUGCAUCUUGCGGUCGAUCUACCUGGUGGACGACCUCACGAGCGACAUCACCGAGCGGUCCAUCUCGCGCCACCUCGAGGCCGCCACCACCGGCCGCAGCAAAGUCGUCCCUCUCGCCCUCAUCCUGGCGAGCACGCCGAUGCCAGUGGCACAGGCCCUCGAGAAGCUCGACGCGCAGCCCAUCGUGCGCAAGCUCAUCGCCGAAGCUGCGCGCCCAUGA